AUGGAAAUGAAUCUCGCUAUGUCAUAUACAGGCAUGAAGAUUUUGGGGUUAAACAUUAUUUCAGUCGCCUUUCUUCUGGGUAACUCUGUUACGCUCCGAGCUUCCGUUACUGGGCCGGUUCCCUCGGACGGUAAUGGUCCUGCGUCUCAGGUGUGUCAGCAGUGCUGCCAGGGACCUGCUGCCAUACCCGGCAUACCAGGUCUGCCUGGACCAGCAGGACCGAUGGGGCCUUAUGGUGAACCGGGGCCAAAGGGCGAUGCAGGUCAGCAAGGGGAGAGCGGACCGAUUGGCCCUUUGGGAGAGCGGGGAGCACCUGGGAACACUGGGUCGAAGGGUGACGAUGGGAUUGGUCUGCCUGGCAAGAUAGGUCCGAGAGGUAUACCAGGUUUAGUUGGAACAACCGGGAUGACUGGUGUCAAAGGUCAAAAGGGUGAGCCAGGGGAGACACCAGACGACUCCAACCAGCGGGUGGCAUUCACCGUGGUGAGGACGAGCCCUUCGGCUUCCUCAACGAGUCACGAUACCCGUUUGCCCUUCCAGGAGACCGAGACCCUUCUGCCGGGUACCAGCUUUGAUCUCGAGACAGGUACAUUUACCUGUUAUAUGCCGGGAACGUACGUGUUUACGUUUUCUGUGCUCAAAAAGUACGGCACUAGUCUUACUGUUCAUCUUGUCAAAAACAACGACAAGGUGGUCUCUACCUAUAGCAAUGGUGAUAGUUCACGUGACCAAUUAUCUGCGAGUGCGGUGCUGGUUCUGCAGCGAGCAGACACGGUGUAUCUGACUAUACACGGUACGGCGAAUAGUCAUUCCUCCUAUCACCACACCUCAUUCAGUGGCUUCCUCCUUUACCCCGAGUAG